AUGGUGCUACUUGCUGUUCUGUGUGUUAUUUUGCCUGCAGUUUUCGCUAAAGCCUGGCAGUCCAGCAGAAUCCAGGCCCGAAUAAGCAAGAGCAUAUCCGCCAGAAAAAGGCCUUUGCGCAUCUACGUUAUAAGCGAGUAUGGGCCUGUUUCUGGGAGUUUUCUGGACAGCCUUGCAAAAAAGUACGGAGUAGAGCUGUUUGCACGCGGGGAGUGCAGAGCCAGUGAUGACUACAGAAGCUUUCUGAAGCUUUUGACUGGCGCGGACGAAAAGAUCUCGUACGAAGAAAUGACGCGGUUUAUAUCGGAGAAUAGGGCUAUUUUCCCAGAUGUGGUGAUACUUUGUUCGGAUGUUUCCGUUUUUAAAACGGAAUCUCCUUACUUGCUAUACUCUGCGGAGACGCUGCACUACAGAAAAGCCUUCUCAGAGGGCGUUCUUGUAAGGGCGCUGGCGCACUACAGCCGGUGCGAAAUGCGAAACGGGAAAUAG